AUGGCCAAAAUCUCCUGGUACGGAGGGGUGAGCCUCCGUGCCCAGCGCUGGCCGCUCAAUGGAGCCCAAAGCCAGGCGCAGCCUUUUGUCAGUGGAGGCUUCAGCAAGAAUCCCACGGGAUAUGGGCCUGUUCUGGAGAGGUACUUCUUGGGCUGCACAGGCGUGACGGUGACGGUGCCUCCCGACGAGCCCGUGCUCCUCUCGCUGGAGAGCAACUGGCAUUUCUGCCUGGCAUCCCCGGUGGGCAGAGCGGUCGAGCCCCUGCACUACACCCUCUGUGCCAGCACUGACAUCGCGGCCGUGCACCAGCACGUCCUGAACCUCACCCGCCGCUGCAUCCAGAGGCACCGGGACUUCGUUGUGCCGCUGCUCAUCAAAUACAGCUCGGAAUGGCUCAGCUGGGGGUAUCCCAUCUUCCGGCCGGCCUGGUGGCUCAGCCCCACAGAUCCAGCCGCUUUCACCAUCCAGGAUGAGUUCCUCAUUGGAGAUGAGGUCCUGGUUGCUCCAGUAACAGAGAAAGGGCAGACGUGGAGGGACAUCUACCUGCCCGGAGAGGGGCACCUCUGGAUGGACACCACCACUGCCCGUGUGUUCGACGGAGGCACCAUCCUCAGGAACUACUCUGCUGGCCUUGCAGAGGUGCUGGUCUUUGUGAAGACCUCCGAACUCCAGCCUGCUGCAGCUCUGGGGCCUCUCUCAGGGCAGUGCUGCCCACAUGUGCUCGCUCUUCCAGCCUAUUUGUACUGUUCCAAGAACCUUUGUUUACCAGUAUUAUCUUAG